AUGAUCCAGCGGGACUGGAUCCAUUACAUCUUUAUGAAGGUCCUGCACUUCCCAGCGGCACUUCUGGCGCUUCUGCUGCUUCCUCAUGCACAUGCAGACUGCAACGACAGCAUGCGAUCUGCCUACCUGCAGCAGCGCUCGCUGUGCGUCGCAACGUCCAAGCUCCCGCAUGUAGAUCCUGCCGUCUACUGCCAGGUCCCAUCCUGCCGCGAUGCACUCGGUCUCUUGGAAGGCCUCACACCAACUUGCACCGGUAGUCUUGCCGCCACAGACCUCCCCAUGAUCGAUCUCGGCGGCGCCAAUACUUCAACGAGUCUACCCAUUGGAGCGGCAUUCUGUCGGCAGGAAUGCACAGACGUGUAUCGUCAGAUGCAAUCUGCAUCAACCUCGUGUCAAGCCAACGGCAAGCCGUCCUUGGCGUCGUGCCAGGGGUGCCAGCGCUACCUCCGCCUCAUCCCUUCCGUCGUCGGAGCGUGCCACAUCAACGCCACCACUGCGCCAGGUAUCCUCAAAGCUACCGUGGACCGCGAAAUGCCUCAAUGCGAUGCCAUCGUCCGCAGCAACAGUAGAAAUGCGACCGACGCCACGUCCAAGUCUUCCAUCUCUCUGUUUCUCAUCGCCGGACUGGUCGGUGGCAUCCUCGUGCUCGUCCUCGCGCUGGUCAUUCAGAAACGUCGACACCGGCUCUUGCAUGUGUUUCACCAUCUCACGUUUCGAAAACAACAUGGACGACACCCCAAGCAACUGGCCAACCCGAACGACCCGUCCACGACCGCCCUCAACGACAUUCGAUACGACGCCCGAAUGGCCAAGUUCUGGCACCCCCAAAAUAAACUGUCCCAGAUUUCUCUUCGUUCCAAAGGUGGGUAUGGGAUGGUGUACCGCGCCCAGUUGGACACGGACGAACGCGGCAAGAUCGCGGUCGCCCUCAAGCAACUGCUACCAUCCAGGGCGCAACAGAUGGAGCACAUUGAGCACUUUAUGCACGAAAUCCGACUCGCGUCGACGCUGGUGCACCCGAAUAUUGUGCCGUUUGUCGGGUUUACAUGGUCUAGUAUUCAGGACAUUUCAAUGUUGACAGAGUACAUGGCGCAAGGCGACUUGCACAAGUUCCUGCGCGCCGAGUUCGCGAAACCCCCGAGGGACAAACGAUCAUCAUUCUUCACGUGGCGCGGCGGGAAUGAUGGUACCCCACGACCCACAAAAUUGAGUAUCGCGGCCAACGUGGUCGACGCGAUUGCGUACCUCCACGGCCAGACCCCCCACAGCAUCGUCCACAGGGACCUAAAGAGCAAAAACAUCCUCCUGAAUCACUUGUUUGUGGCCCAUCUAGCCGACUUUGGGGUGUCGAGGCCUACGGCAUGUGAUGCUGUGAUGACGGCGCGGGUGGGUACGUCGGCGUGGAUCGCGCCCGAGGUACUCCGCGGCGACAAGUACUCGUACCAGGCCGAUAUGUACUCGUUUGGGGUGCUGCUAGCCGAGCUGGACACUUUGCAGGACCCGUACAAGGACACAACGUUACAACCCGAGGUCGCGGGGAUGUCUGCCGCCAAGUUGGCGUCCAAGGUUGCCCACGGCAAGAUUACGCCAGCGUUUUCAGACUCGGUCCCGCCGUUUAUCAAGGUGAUGGCGACCAAAUGCUUGAGCUACGACUACACGGCUCGACCGAGCGCCGCCCAAGUUGCGAUGGAGCUGACUUCACACCUGAUCAAGCAGAACCACCGGCAGUCACAGCUAAUCCCUGCGUUCGACUUGAAGACGCCAGGAACAUCGAGUCACGCAGCGUAUAUUGCUGCUGCGUUGUAGAAAUCCAACAACCAAAAGAGUUCGAGGAACCAUGUGCGUGUAAUCGUAGUGUUGAUAAGAUGUGGCAAGUAACGUGAAGUGUAAUAUAGUAGUGUUGUGGCGGCC